GCUUAAUUGCACAUUCAAGUGGAAAAUUUUUCCGGAGUCAGCAGAAACAUUGUAUCCCAAAAAGACAACAAAGUCACAGUUCCAACAAAACGAGGAGCUUGUCCCUGGAAAACUUCCUUCGGGUUAAUUCUCUUAAAGCUUCCAGGCUAAGGCUUGGACCAACCAGCCACCAUCAUUGAGCCCAGCAGCUGGAGCGGCAGCGAGAGUCCUGCCGAGGACAUUGAAAGAAUGAGUGAUUCUGCAGAUAAACCUAUUGACAAUGACGCAGAAGGGGUCUGGAGCCCAGAUAUUGAGCAGAGCUUUCAGGAGGCCCUAGCUAUAUAUCCCCCUUGUGGGAGGAGGAAAAUCAUAUUGUCUGAUGAAGGCAAAAUGUAUGGUAGGAAUGAACUGAUAGCCAGAUACAUCAAACUUAGGACGGGAAAGACACGGACCAGGAAACAGGUGUCUAGUCACAUACAGGUCUUAGCCAGGAAGAAAGUUCGAGAAAUUCAAGCUGCCAUUAAGGUGUCUAGUCACAUUCAGGUUCUUGCCAGAAGGAAAUCUCGUGAUUUUCAUUCCAAGCUGAAGGAUCAGACUGCAAAGGACAAAGCACUCCAACACAUGGCAGCCAUGUCCUCCGCUCAAAUAGUGUCUGCAACAGCGAUUCACAAUAAGUUGGGUUUGCCAGGAAUUCCCCGUCCGACGUUCCCUGGAGCACCUGGAUUUUGGCCUGGGAUGCUACAAACAGGACAGCCCGGAUCUUCUCAGGACAUAAAGCCAUUCGUUCAGCAGGCCUAUCCUAUACAGCCCACAGUCACCACUCCCAUUUCAGGAUUUGAACCCACGUCAGCUCCAGCACCAUCUGUUCCAGCUUGGCAAGGUCGAUCUAUUGGAACAACUAAACUCAGACUUGUAGAAUUUUCUGCUUUUCUAGAGCAACAAAGGGAUCCAGACUCUUAUAACAAACACCUCUUUGUGCACAUUGGACAUGCCAACCACUCUUAUAGCGAUCCAUUGCUGGAGUCAGUGGACAUUCGUCAAAUUUAUGACAAAUUCCCUGAAAAGAAGGGAGGCUUGAAGGAACUGUUUGGAAAAGGACCCCAGAAUGCCUUCUUCCUAGUAAAAUUUUGGGCGGAUUUAAAUUGCAACAUCCAAGAUGAUACAGGAGCAUUCUAUGGUGUAACUAGUCAAUAUGAAAGUUCAGAAAACAUGACAAUCACCUGUUCCACCAAAGUCUGCUCAUUUGGAAAGCAAGUGGUGGAAAAAGUAGAGACGGAAUAUGCACGGUUCGAGAAUGGUCGGUUUGUGUUUAGAAUAAAUCGCUCCCCAAUGUGUGAAUAUAUGAUCAACUUCAUCCACAAGCUCAAGCAUUUACCAGAGAAAUAUAUGAUGAACAGUGUGUUGGAAAACUUUACAAUUUUGUUGGUUGUAACAAACAGGGACACUCAAGAAACGCUCCUUUGCAUGGCUUGUGUAUUUGAAGUUUCAAACAGCGAACAUGGUGCACAGCAUCACAUCUACAGGCUUGUAAAGGACUGAACAGUUAUUUAUAGACACCUUUUCAAUAUGACUCCUUAUGAAAAUACAGACUGUCAACCUCAACACUAAGUGGCAGUUUUCUUUGGCUGAGCUGUCCCCAACAUUUUUCUAAACCUCAUUGGAGUGUGUUGAUAAAUAUUGUAGCUGUGAAAUUCUGGUACAGUUGUACAAAUUCUUUCUUAAAACAAAGUGUUCUUUAAAUUUAUAAAGCCACCCUUUUGGAGGGAGACUAUAUUUAAGAAUUUGUGGAAGUUUUAACUUGUGUUAGAAAAAUGUAAGACAGAACAAUUGCCAUGGAAAAGCUUAACAGCAGUUAUAAGAAUUUAUGAGGUAUUUUGUCUCAAUUAAUAAAAUCAUGUUUCUAAGGUGCAAGAAUGAAAUGAAUUUUGACUAAGCAUAAAUUAGCACACAAUUUUUUUUAAAAAAAAAGUAUCUUCAUAACUGAUUACUGUGGAAAAUACUGACGAAUGUAAAUCACUAAAUUAUUUUAUACUGCAACUCAAUUUCUGUUUGAAGCCAAAUGACAAACUUAGCCUUAAGAAAUGCCUGAUGGGAAUGGACAGGUCCUUAAAGUAGGCAAAAUAUAUUUUUUUUCUUUCCCUCUAUAUUAAACUAAUAUUCUAAUUCACUGAAACUUUCAAGCAGGUAUUGCAAAGCGAGAAGACUUCCUUUCUUUUACUAAUUUUAUCUAGUGCAUUAAAAAUAUAAAAUAUUUGUACUAAUAAGGACAUUUGAUUAUUUAAUUAAAAGAUGGCUCGUUUUGCAAUAACUAGACAAUUACUGAAAGAUUAGACUUACAGUGUAUGUAAUCCUGUGUGCGUGAUUAUAUAUUAUAUGAAAUGGUUUUGUUUUGUUUUUCUUAACAACUCAAGAAAUUGCAACACCCAAAUUACCAAUUAUAUGGGAGAGGGAUUUGAAAGUGCUAUUUUUUUAAUUACAUUGUCAGAUAAAAGUCACAAUUAUUGUAAUUGGGGGAAAAACAAUAGAAGGUCUAAAACAAAAGGUUCAUCUGUUUUAAUGUCUUUAGAAUUCUAAAAAUAUCUGACAUUGACAAAAGACUGUUUGGUUUUCUUAAGCUAGUCUUGCUCAAUGUGAUCCACCAGGUGAAAAAUGCAAAAAUUGUGGAAGCCACAUUAAGGACUUAAUAUAUUUCAGAACUGUUUUACACUGAUUCAGAUCACUGUUUCACCUAGCUCAGGUUUAUCAGUAGGGAUUGAGAGUUAUUUUCUAGGAUUGUACACUGGCUGGAGAAUUCUGGGAGUUGAAGUCCACAUAUCUUAAAGUUGCCAAAAUUGAGAAACACUGCUCUAGGAUAUCAAGCAUUUUUUUUAAAAAAGAUCAUAAAUAAAUAAAUAAAAAUAUGAGUCAAGACUGGACCUUCUAUAUAUAAUGCCAGCACAUGACUAUAUCCCUUCACAAAUAAGUAACUUCUCUGAUAAUUUGAAAUAAAUCCAAGGACUGUCAAGCACUUGGCUGCCCAGAAUGCAUAUCUGGUGAGUUACAGGUAGCUUGGUAGACUCUGUCUUAAAAUUGCCAUGAUGAAUAUAGUUUUCCCCAGCCUUAUGCCCCUCCAGAUGGGUUGGACUAUAAUUCUCUGAAUUAUAACCAGCACUAAUGGUUGAGUUUGUGACCAACUUUUCUUUUGUAGACUUCUCAAAAUAUCUGGCUCAAUCCUCCUCCUUGUUGAUCAUUAUCCAUAUUUUUCUUUUCCUGUCUACAAUUCUAUUUGUCAGGAAAAGGAACACAGCACUCAUGCCAAAGGUUUGAACAGAUUAUUUGCAUAGAGCUUUCUACACAAAUCCUUCUCUUAAUCUCUUCAUUUUGGCUUCUGUACUAUAAUUUCCCUUCAUUUGAGCUUCCCCCCCUCCACUGUUUAGAUAUACAAUAUUUCGUAUUGCUUAGGCACACAAUCUGAUUGUACCUAUGUAGGGUUGCUUUUCCUUCAGUAACAUAUUAUGUACAAAGUUUAGGUCUUCAUACAAGAGCAAGGCUGAAAUGUGGCUUAAUCAAGAUUAUAUUAGGACAUGCAAUUUAGGAAGUGUUCAUGCUCACAAGAUGGUUUGAUACAUGCUUUAAACAGCUACUCUGAUUCUAAGCCAUCUCCUUAUGUGCCAUAAUUCAACUUGGUGGUUUGAAGUGCUGGCACAUAAAAAUAUUAGCCACAAAUAACAACCAAGUCUGUCUUUGUUUCUUCACUUGUGGAAGCGGAUUUACUUGAGAAGUUUCUAGAAGCGUAGCGGUAGAUAAAUAUUGGAAUACAAUUUCCAUCCUCAUAUACUUGUACUCCAACAUCUGAGACAAGUACAUAAGUUAUCGUUUUUCCAUGUUGAUGUCAAUUUGCACAUUUUGUCACUACACCCCCUGCCCUUUUAUGUGGGUGUUUUUUGCACCUGGCAGUUCUCCUUCAUAGCUCCCAUUCUAAAUAUAAGUUUCUUUGGUUUGGGACUUUUUCAGGCAUUUAGAAUGAAAAUUUAGCCUCCAGGUAUCCAAAGCUGAAAAUUGAGAAAAGUUCUGGAACGAAAUAUGGAAGCUUUCCUCCUUCAUAUUGAUUUUACAUUCAUGAUAGAAUGACAAUAGUUGCUGCUCUUAGCAAUUAUUCCAAUUUCCUAAAGUUUUUAAAUUUUGGAGUGGCUCUUAGGGUAAAUGCUGUAUAUAAAACAUUUUAGGCACUGUGUUAAUAAACUUUCACAAUUAAAAACAUUUUCAUCAAAGACUGAGGAUGUAUCAAGAUACAGUUCAUCUGGAAGGUUCUGUUUUACUUCAUUGUUGAAGAUUAUGGUGCUUAACAUCUGGAAGGCUGCAUAACGCUGUGGUCUUCUGUCCAUGAUUGCAUUCACCUGUCUAGUGGAUUGUUGCCACACAGGGUUCCUCAAACAUUUUCUAACAUUUUCUAACAUUACAAAAAUAAGAGGUUAGGCCAACAGUAGAAUGGAAGGCCAAGAAGAACAUUGGAAUGCUUGGUAAACUGAGCAUCUUUUGACUAAUAGAUGUUAAGGCAGAUGAACCUCUUGGGCUGCAAUCAACUGGAUGUAAAUCCUGUUGAACUAAAUAGGACUUACUUCUGGGUAGAUAUGCGCACAGGAUUGUGCUGUCAGUCAUUUUGUCUGAGAGCACUAGAACUGAACAUUUAUGGUUGGGUCUCUUCACGUGUUUCUAACACUAGCUAAGUAUCUUAAAUAGAAGCACUGCAUUUUACCUAGCAGAAGGAGCCCUUUAUUUGAAGCACUUGGUGUUAACAGGUCUAAAAUUCUCUUUUUAACAGUCGAGUAUUAUAAGGCUUUGGGUUUUGGAUUUAUUUAUUUGGGGGGGGGAGUUUUAAAACAUUAGGAUCACUUUUCACACGUGAAACAGAUCAGUUUGCAAAAUAGGCACAGUUUUUCUUCUUCUUCUUCUGAUAAUGCAACCUGCAACAAAACAUAUGUAAUGACUAUACAGUCUGAAGCAUCCUAAUGUUUCUUGAUGUUCGUUUUUGUAAAAAUGUAUGGGGAACUGUUUGCCUUGUCAGUCACUUAUUUGUGGAUGUAAACGAUUCAUCCCCUGAGCAUGUUUCUUCCUCAAGCCUUAAGUCUGUCAAAGGUUUUGUGUGGAAUGUCUGGUCCCCCAAACGCUGCCUGGCAACUGUGAGCUCUUUUGUAAGCUGGAAGCAUCACUCUUGUUACUGUUAUUUGUGGUAGGAACUUCUUAAUUCCAAGCUGCCAAAGCAUUACAAUAUGCAGUGCCUUAGUGCUAUAGUAGGAGAACCUUCUAGCCUAUCAUGCCAAUCAUAUGUAGUCCAUUAAUUUGGUUUAUUUAUGUAUAUAUAAAAAAAUAAUCUCCUAGAGGAAACCCUUUUGGUCAAAGAAACCUUCCUACGCAAGUCAAUCCCCAUUACCACAUAGUUGGAAUCUUUAUACCAAAAUGAAACAAAACAGCUCUAGAAUUUUCUGCAGAAAGUGAAUUGUAUAAAUAAUGCUGCCUUUUCCAAUUCUCAUGACCAAAUACUUAGUUUGUGACUCUGCACUCUUGCAUGCAAGUGCCUUUGGUUUUGAAGUUCCAGCUUAGAAAAGUGCUGCCAUAAUAAUGACAAAUUGUAGAGACCAAAAAUAUUUAGAGAUCACCAUAAUGCCUUUGGUUUAUUGGACACAGUCAAAACUAACAGGCCUCCGUUCUCAAAGAGUAUCUUUUUAUAGUAGCAUGCUUUUUUCAAAUCACGAGAGUGCAUAAUGCUGGAAACUAAUCUCCCUCUUGUUGUUUCUGAGGCUUUGAUAACUAGCAUUAAAAAGGAAAAAAAAUCAGUAUUUCACCUUUGCCAUGUCUUUCUCCAUCCAAUUUGACAUUUCUCCAUAAUUAGCAGAAAAUUAAGCAAAGGACAAAUGUGAUUUUAUUAAUGUACUAACUGGUUCUGUGAAGAUGGCCCUCUUCUCCAUCUUAAAUUUGCACUUAUUUUGUUUACAAAUUUGAGCAAUCGGAUGUGUAAAAUUGAAAAGCAUGAAUCAAAAUACUUCUGAAACUUAACCCAUGCUUUUGGGCACCAUUUUUUUUUUUUAGAAAUGAAUAAGAAAUAUUGUUAGAAAAUCCUUCAGACUGGUAUCAUUCAGUCUGUUACUGUCACACUACUAGACAGGCAGCUUCUUUAAUUAAAGGGUGCCAUUUAGCACAGUUUGUGAAUUUGAAGAAGAAUGCUUAUUUCAAGAGACAUUGACAAUGUUGAUACUGAUGUACUCAUUCAAAAAGGUAUGUGUGCGUAUGUAUAUACAUGCACACACACACAUGAGAAAACUGAUAGCAGUAAAACCAAAAGUUGGCAGAGGGAAUUGUAGCUAUUCUGGUUUUAAUAGUUUUUUUUUUAAUUAAAAUUACUGUGCAGCACAAAGUGGUAACAUUUGUGAUUGUUCCCCUCUCUCUUUCAUUUUCAUUCAUACUGGUUUUCUUGUUCUUCAAAGAUUUAAAUCUCCCUCACUCUCUUCUUGCAUCUAAUCCCCUAAGGAUUGCUUGGCCUCAAAAGUAAACUAUAUAUAUUUACAACUAUUAAAUAUAUCUGCUGAGACAGAUAUAAGUUAGGAAGUGGGCGGAGUAUAUUUUAUUGCAAAGGAAUCAUUUUUAUUUAUUGUCUUAUGUAUAAAUUGAGAAAAAAAAGAAAUGGUACAAGUUGUUGCAGUUGAAACAUAGCUUUUACAAAUGUAAUUUUAUACUUACUUGAAUUCUAGAAUGGCUUAUUUAGGUACUGUACCACUAUGUUAUGUAAUUUGCAAGUUUCAUAUCUAUUUUCUCACUUACUACUAGAGUCCAUUCAGUUUGGCAACUCCCUUGAACUCAAUCUUCCUGUUUUUAUCACCUUCAAGUAACAGAAAUAAUUAAAUGGAACAAAAGCAACCAAGAAUAUAAAGGUGAUUUAUAGAAUUUCAAAAGCUGCAAAGUGGUAAAUUUUAGUCUUGGUUCAAUUCUUAGAGUAUGCUUCAUUUUCUUUAGUUUAGACAUCAUGCCAAACCAGGAAGGAAAUUUAAUGAUGUUUUAGAAACUGUUCACACAACAACUGAUUAAAUCUUUGUUUGCUUAAUGAUGAUUGUCAAAUAAGCCAUAUUUGGCUUCAUUCGUGUUACACAUUAAAGUGUAACACACAAUUUAUAAAACAUAUUGGCUUGGAUUUCUCAUUCUACUAAAUAAAAAUAAAUCAUAUUGUAGUGUAUAAACCAGUUUUUAAAUAAUACCAAAUUUUAUGAAAUCUAAUCACAAUUUUCCAAGUACACAGAAUCAGAAUCAUAGAAUGUGAAUCAAUGUUUUAUUCAUUCUAUACUUGAUAAAACAUCUGCAUUGAUGACCUUUUAGUAAAAAUGUUUCUUACUCAGCCUGUAGAAGCUGUGCAUCAUAGAGUUCCCUUUCAAAUCUCUGAACAAUCAUAUAUAAUAAUCAAACAUAGUAACUCAGAAUCAUGAUUUACCUACUAUAUUUUAUAUCUCAAACCAUUAUUUAAGCUACCUAGAGUUGGCAGUACAUACAUGAGAGUAUGAGGCAGCUAUUAUUAAGCAUGCUAAAAUAAAAUUAAGAAUUAAGCAUGCUAAAAUAAAAAUAGGUGAAAUCUCAGAAUCCCACAAAUCUCACAAGCUGUUAUUUGAGAAGGCCAAAACAAUAUAAACAAUUGUUUGGAGCAAGAGAGAAGAUUGACGGACAUUUCAUGUUAUUUUAUUAUUUUUCCCUCACAAAAGAUUUUCUGUUCCCAAAAGGCUGCCUGAAAAGGUUGCUGUUCAGUGAUUUGGAUUGUAGGUUACGGGAAACGAAAACCAUGGUUUGGCGUGUUUUCUAAACUGACCUUGUCUUGACAGUGUAGGAAAAUCAGUUACAAAUCAAUCAACUUUAACACAUUAGCAUCAUAGCAUCAUGUAACAUAUGUUGUUCUGCUAUAGGAGUGGUCAACCUAUGGGUUGCAGCACCUUGUUUGCAGUUCCUUGUGGCUGGGCUUGAAAUGCGAAUCCAGUUUUUGAGGUAGUGGACUGAAGGGUGAAGACUUGCAUCCAUUUCACCCAUUAAAAGUCCUCUAAUCCCUCCGCCAAAUGGGUUUAUUCUUCCCAUGUUGGUGAAGGGGGGUUAAGGCCAGAAGAGACAGUAUGGGCAUUUGCCUAAUACUUAAAAACAAGAUUGAAAGGUGGGGCCUCACCCACUCUGCCUAUACUUUCUACAGCCCCUGGGCAUGAUGCAGUUACCAAGGACAUCAACACAGGCUAAAAACUGGCCCAUCUGUGUUCUAUAGGACAGAAAUACUGACCUACUAUUCUGUAGGAUAGAUAUACGUGGCAUCCUUGUUCUGUAGGACAGAUAUACAUGAUUAAUAUAUGCUAAUCCAGGGAAGAACACUCCACCAUCUGCAGUAGGUAGUGAUUUAAUUGCCUACAAUGCUCACACCCCAAUUCCAAUGUAAGUUGGGAUUGAAGCACCUGGGGAGGCAUUAAAGCAUCACUCCCUGCCCACCUCCAAACGGGAUGUCCGUAACAACAUAAAUUGGUUCCCAUUUUUGUCUCUACUCAGGUUAAUUAAUAUUAUCAUUACUAUUAUUACUUUGGUUACUACAUGGUAAUCUUGUUUGGUUUUCUUUCUCCCGGCCAUUUCUGUGAAUAGAAAGACUGAAUAAUUGAAAGUACAGUGUAAAUUUGGAUUUGUUGAUCUCCAAUUGCGUAGAUUACUAUGGCUGUGAGAGUUUCCCAAAAGGUUGUUCUGCUGUAUCAAUUCCAAAAUGCACUCGCUUCACAAAGGACAUACAUCCUGUUACCUCCUCACACGGUGGUUUUCUUUUUGUUUCUCAUUUUGUUUCCUUUCUUUUACACGGGCCUCUCAAUCAAGGCUCCUAACUGCAAAAGAAAAGCCUACAAUAUGUGCCUGAAAAAGACAGAAUAAUUUUAUAACAGUUUUUAAAACCUGAAUAGCCUUUAAUUUUUUAAUAUCAGUACAUUUUAUGUAAAAACAAAAGGUUUUCUUUCUGUUUCCUUUUUUUUUUUAUUUGACACAUGCAUUUGUUCACAUUUGUAAAUGACUUAAUGGAAUUCUCACUUUGUUUAUUUGUGUAAUGUGUAUAAACUGGGUUUGUGACUUAAGCAUAUUCAUAUAUGGUCAGUGGUUAUUUUAAUAUUGUACUGCUGCUGGUUAUUUUGGGAAUAGGGGUGUCAAUCUGCCUUGGAUGACAAAGUACCUCUUGCUUAGGCAUUGAGGGAAAGCUCUAUUUUAAAAGAAAAAUGAACCUCGGCAAAUUGUGUCUUAACAUAUUUUGAAGUUUUCAAAACAACUUUCAAUCAAACCUUUUGGCAGUACAGUAUUCUUGUAUUUGUCGUCUGUGUGUAGGUACUGGUACCUUCUUUGUUUUUAAAAACGUUUUAAGUGUUGGCUUUAAAGUGAAUUUAUCUUUAGUAUGAUAGUAAUAUGAAAAUUAUAGGGUUUGUGUGCAGAGAAUUUUUUUAUAAAAGUGCUUUGUAAAAAAAAACUGUAUUCUAGCUUUCGCGGUACAUAUGUGUGAUACCUUUAAUAUCCAUGACAGUUAAGUGCAAUUAUUUCAUCACUCUAAAAAUGCUAUUUUUGUGUCGGUUACUGCAGGUGUUCAUGUCUUUGCAAAGUGACACAUUUUGAUGCCUUCUUGAUAAAGUGGUAGAUUUUUUUGUAGCUUUCUAGAAAAUUUGUAUUCCUACAGUAUUGAUUGGAAAUAAAGGAAAUAAAAUCAUUGUCAAUUUUG